AAUUAUCCUUUAACCAUCAUACAUGCAUCAUACAUACAUAUACAUAUGUGUGUAUUUACAUAUGUGUGCUUGUGUGCAGGUACAUCAAGCUUGGUGCAAGACACCCCGAGUCAAACACAUCUGGUAUGGACAUCUUUGCCAAGUUUUCAGCAUUCAUUAAGAACUCAAAACCAGAUGCGAAUGAGGCUCUGGAGCGUGGCCUCCUGAAGACACUGCAGAAGCUGGACGAGUACCUUCGCUCACCACUGCCCGACGAGAUCGACCACAACAGCAUUGAGGACAUCAAGGUUUCCAACCGUAAAUUCUUGGACGGUGAUGAAAUGACCCUGGCUGAUUGUAACCUGCUGCCUAAGCUGCAUAUAGUCAAGGUGAGCACGGGAGUAUUAGAAACACCACUGUCUUGUUAACUGUGGAUUCUUCAC